AUGGGCUCGACAGGGACCCAGAUGGCCACGCCAGAAUUCCGAUACAUUCCCCUAUCAUACAGCCAUGCAGACUCCCAGGCAUCUGCUCUCAGGCUAAUCCUGACCCUUAACCCCGACUGGGAGGGUCCUGGGAACAACAUUGAGUUCGUGCGGUUCACCGACGGCAUCACCAACACCCUCUUGAAAAUUAUCAACCUGAAACCCGGCCUGACGGAGGAACAAAUAGACAAUGAGGCAGUACUGAUGAGAGCGUACGGAAAUGGCACAGAGAUCCUCAUAGAUCGCGAAAGAGAGACAAAGUCCCACGCACUCCUAGCCAGCCGCGGCCUGGCCCCGCCCCUCCUCGCUCGAUUCAAAAACGGCCUGCUCUACCGCUUCAUCCGUGGCAGGCCCUGCGGCCACCAGGAUCUAGUUUCCCCGCCCAUCUGGCGCGGUGUCGCCCGCCGCCUGGCGCAGUGGCACGCCGUCCUGCCUAGUAGCGGAGCUGCGCCUGCCAAGGAUGCCUCCGUGACCGGGAUCGCGGACUCCCAGGACGAUGAGAUCACCGUAAUCCAGCCCCGGCGUGCAGGCCCAUCUAUGUGGGCUGUGCUGCAGAAGUGGGUGUUGGCUUUGCCAGUCACCACGCCUGAGCAGCGUGCUCGCCGGUUGAGUUUGCAAGCAGAGCUGCAGUGGGUUUUGGAUAUUCUGGAUGAUGGGAAGGGGAUUGGUGAAGACGGGCUAGUCUUCUCGCACUGCGAUCUGCUCUGUGCCAAUGUCAUUGUUCUUCCGAGCGAGAACGGCGUUCCAACCCCUGAAGACGGUAUCGCGCCUGUCAACUUCAUCGAUUAUGAAUAUGCCGUCCCCGCGCCCGCGGCCUUCGAUAUCUCGAACCACCUUGCUGAGUGGGGUGGCUACGACUGCGAUUACAACAUGAUGCCGACAAAGUCUGUGCGCCGUCAGUUCCUUACUGAGUACACGAAGAGCUACUGUGAACAACGCGGUCUUGACGCUUCGUCCCAGGCUGAGAUUGUCGACCGGCUGUACGAGGAUGUUGACCGCUUCCGUGGCAUUCCUGGUCUCUACUGGGGCGUUUGGGCACUCAUCCAAGCGCAAAUCUCCCAGAUCGAUUUCGACUAUGCCAACUACGCUGAGACGCGUCUCGGCGAGUACUACGCGUGGAAGCGCGAGGUAGACGGAAGCCGCAAGCAAGCUGGCGAGGAGAUGCCGCUGCGCGAGUCUCGCUGGGCGUCCGAGGCGUAA